UGAUAUCAAGACCCUUAUCUUCCUGCCAGCCCUAUAAAAUCGGCUCGCCCUCUUGGAGCAGGCUAAGUUUUCCUUCAACCAUGAAACUGUUCUUGCUAACUCUCUCCGUGGCCCUGGCCGCGGUCUCCGCCACUCCGGCCCUGAACCGCACCGCUAUGCUCCCGAGGGUUACCAUCCACGAGGGACCCGACGGCCGCAUCGUCAACGGCUACCCGGCGCCCGAGGGCAAGGCUCCCUACAUCGUCGGUCUGCUGAUCCGCACAGAUGGUAGCAACGGAGCCGCCGUAGGUGCCGGCACCAUCAUCUCCAACGACUGGAUCCUGACCGCCGCUCAUUGCCUGACCACCGACUCCGUGGACAUCCACUACGGCUCCAACUGGGGGUGGAAGGGAUCCUUUUCCCAGAACGUUCGCCGCGACAACUUCAUCAGCCACCCCAACUGGCCCGCCGAGGGUGGCCGCGACAUCGGUCUGAUCCGCACUCCCUGGGUGGACUUCAACAACCUGGUCAACAAGGUCGCCCUUCCCAGCUUCAACGAGGAGCACGACCGUUUCACCGACACCUGGGCCGUCGCCUGUGGAUGGGGUGGCAUGGACAACGGAGACCUUGCCGAAUGGCUCCAGUGCAUGGACGUCCAGAUCAUCAGCAACAGCGAGUGCGAGCAGGCCUACGGCACCGUGGCCAGCACCGACAUGUGCACCCGCAUGGCCGACGGCAAGUCAUCCUGCGGCGGUGACUCCGGCGGUCCCCUUGUCACACACGACAACCCUCGCCUUGUGGGAGUGAUCACCUUCGGCUCCGUGAGCUGCCAUAACGGUCCCUCCGGCUACACCCGUGUCACUGACUACCUGGGAUGGAUCCGUGACCACACCGGCAUUUCGUACUAGAGGAGCCUCCCGAAUGAAAUAAAUUCCUUCACAAAUUGCAAA